AUGCUCAACUCCGUAAUCAGUAGCGGGGUGAAUUCCCUUUCCGCUGCUCUCACCGGGCAAUCGUCUAUAUCCCCGUUGAAACUGAAAUUCUAGUUCCGCGAUUCGGAGUUGCCAUCCAUUGUUCGGUGUAGAAGUUGUUAGUUUGUUCUUGCUCAUGUUAGAUUCUGAUAGAGGCCCUUUUGCAUUCCUUGUGUGUCGAGACUAACAGCCUCCUUUCUUUUAGCCACCUGGAGUGGCUUAGUCAGGUCGUGUCGUGGGCCUAUUUCCGGGGAGGUUUUCUUUUCAACUUUGCCCCCUACAAAUGGCCCGCUUUUGACCGCCCUGAAGUGGCGAUGUCAGGUCGUGAUUUGGGUACGAUUUCGUGCUGAAAUUUAUUGCUCUUUUUCACGAACGCAACCAGCCAGGAGUGGUCCAGCUCUCAGUACCUCAAAAAAAACUGCUUCUUGAUUUUGCUUGUAAUAAAAAUAAAAUUUUAAAAUUUCGCGGAUUUGGUAAGCUUUAAAUGAGCCAAUGGAGCAAGAGAAAUGGUGUGACUCGCCCUGCUUAAAGACAAAAAGCAACACGAUGUUGACGCACCCUCCGAUAAAGAUGAAGCUUCAAAGUUUCGCUGAUUUGCUAUUGCAAUAAAAAUAAAAUUUUAAAAUUUCGCGGAUUUGGCUAAGCCAUAAAAAUAAAAUUUUAAAAUUUCGCGGAUUUGGGAUCAUCUGUAUUGGUGACAAGUCGUCGCCAGACCACGACGCUUGUAGGACCGCUUCGGAUGUAUCAGUUUCGUUCGAAAACCAUUCUAGCUUUGUCGUUUGGUUUUUGAGCUCAAUAAAAAUAAAAUUUUCAAAUUUCGCGGAUUUGUCAUCGUGUCUAUUGGCGACAAGUCGUCGCCAGACCACGACGCUUCAAUCGCUUCGGAUGUAUCAGUUUCGUUCGAAAACCAUUCUACCUCAGUCGUUUUGGUUUUUGAACUCAAUAAAAAUAAAAUUUUGAAAUUUCGCGGAUUUCCGCGAAGUUUGAAACUUUCGUGAACAGCAAUUGGUCGAUGUUACAGUAUUAUCGUGUCCUUAUUUCGAUCGAAAACCGACGGGAAAUGAAGAAAAAAAGCAGUGUGGUGGAAGUAUGUAUUCAGUAUGAGUUUGUACGACGUACCACGACCCAGAUCUCCAUCAUAUCAACGAACUUUUUUGAUCUGAAGCAACUCCAACUCCGGGGAACAGAAUUUCAAAUUUUUCCUACCCAUAAUCCUCCACUUCCUCCCGACAGCAGCGAGCCAGCGUGAACAGCCACUUUUUCGAGUCGAAGCAGGAAAAUCAACGGAACAAGGAGAAAUUUGAGGAAGUCGCUUCGGAUGAGGAACAAUUACAGUGGGAGCACGAAGAUGAAGUCGAAGAGUUUAACAACAACCAUCCCGACUCCAAACCCAUCCCCUUCGACUACGAAAGAGAAGUCUCGGAGGAUUUGCGAAAGCAGGAAUCCGCAAAAAUCCUCGAGAAAUUUCCCACCCGCGUCCCCCUGAUUUGCGAAAAGCACCCAACCAACGGGAAGUUUUUGCCGACACUGAAAAGGAAGAAAUUUCUAGUGCCGGAAGUGAUGACGCUGGCGCAGUUUUCGCUGUUGUUGAAGCAGCAAAUGGACUCGGAGGCGCAGGAGGAAGCGGACGCAGGAGGGGGAAGGAGCAGUGCUAUUGCAAGAUCACCCGCCGGCGGCGGUUCUUGUCAACCGGAUCACCAAGCCGCAGUGCAGCAACCCAGGCGCCGCCGGUCGGUCAAGAACACGGCGCUGUAUUUCCUCUUGAAAAACCGGCAAGCGCCGAUGUUGAGCCACGAAUUGAAGCAGUUAUAUGGGAAGAACGUAAGUGAGGACGGGUUUCUCUACCUGCACUUGUGCGAAGAGGCGGUUUUUGGUGCUGGGGGUGGUGUGUGAAGCGCUGCAGCUUUGGUCUACAAAGUCGAAAAUACGUAUACGAGUUUUUGAAAGAAUGAAUUCAGAUUGAAUUGCAGGCAAGAUGAACAUCAGUAUUUGUGUGCCACCUCUCCGAGAAUUUUUUAGUCUGCUACUACGCCUAGUAUCUACGGUCGUUUUUACGUCGUCUUCUGGAGGUGCCUUGUUUCCUACUCCAAGAUAUUGCGCAUGAUGUGCCCUUUCGUCCUCGUUUCAGAUUGUUUAACAGGUUCCAGUCUUCGUGCAGCUCUACGGCAUCUUGUUCUCUUCGUGUUGUUGUAUAUUCGAUUGUGAUCAUUUUGUUGCUAGAUAAAAGUAAGUAGACUGAUCCGCUACUUGAUGUUGUUGACACUUUUUUACAUGUACACCACCACCUGAUUCCAUUUCUUCAGCAGC